UCGAUAGCAGCAACGCCGACAGAAAAUGGCGUCCGCCUGAAAGCCAGAAAAUUGUUGUCUUUAUUUGCUGUAAAAUCCACGCUCACUUGACCAGACCACCAGGAAAAAGGCAAAAAAGAUGGCCCUGCCGAGCAACUACAAGCAGAUAGCCGUGGGCGGCCAGGGACCGGGUUCGGCGGUCGUCGGAGGAGGCGGCGGCAGCGGUGGCAGCGGCGGCGGAGGAGGCGGUAGCCGGUCGCGCUCCUCCGGCGGCGGCGGCGGUGGCGAUCGCAACAAGGACCAGACGCCCAUCUUCACGCACAGCAACUACGGCAAUCCGGCGUUCACGCCCCAAAAGGUCACCAAGUCGUCGAGCAGCAAGAACCAGAACGAAUCGCGUCUGCCGAAGCCACCAAAGCCGCCGGAGAAGCCCAUCCUGCCGUAUAUGCGCUACUCCAAGCGCGUCUGGGAUGGCGUGAAGGCGCAGCAUCCCGAGCUGAAGCUCUGGGAGCUGGGCAAGAAGAUCGGGGCCAUGUGGAAGCUGCUGGCCGAGGAGGAGAAAACGGAAUUCAUCGAUGAGUACGAGGCUGAGAAGCUGGAGUACGAGAAAUCGCUGAAGGCCUACCACCAGACGCCCGCCUACCAGGCCUACAUGUCCGCCAAGAGCAAGGUGAAGACCGACGUCGAUAUGCACGAGACGCCGUCGCGCGGCGGCGGCAGCAAGUCGCAGCACGAGCGGCGCAUCGACAUCCAGCCGGCGGAGGACGAGGACGACCAGGACGAGGGCUAUACGGCCAAGCACAUGGCCUAUGCCCGCUACCUGCGCAACCAUCGCCUGAUCAACGAGAUCUUCUCGGAGGCCGUGGUGCCCGAUGUGCGCUCCGUGGUGACCACCACGCGUAUGCAGGUGCUCAAGCGGCAGGUCAGCUCGCUGACGAUGCAUCAAACCAAGCUGGAGGCCGAGCUGCAGCAGAUGGAGGAGAAGUUCGAGGCGAAGAAGCAGCGCAUGGUCGAGUCGAGCGAGGCCUUCCAGGAGGAGCUCAAGCGGCACUGCAAGCCGGCCGUGGACGAGGACACCUUCCAGAAGAUGGUGCAUCGCAUGUACGAGGACAUCAAGCGCGAUCGCCAGCGGCUGGAUGAGCCAACUGCUGCGGCUGCAGCUGCUCCGGCUGCUCCCCCCGCCGCCGCUGCUCCUGUGACGCGGAGCGAGGAGCCAGCGGUGAAGCCGCCAACGCCCAGUGCCACGCCCGCUGGCCCGCAGGAGGCGCCAGUGCCUCCGGCUGCAGUGCCGCCGCCCAAGGAGACGCCAGCUGUGAAGCCAGCCACACCCACACCCACUCCGCCGCCGGCACCUCCGGCGGUGCAUGUCCAUGAGACGGCCAGCAAAACGGACCCGGAGCCCAUGGACAUUGAGCCGCCGCCGAAGCCCUCGGUGCCGCCGCCGCCCAUCAAGCCGGAGAAGCUGGAGAUGGCCGCUGCCCUGCCGCCGCAGUCGACGCUCGUGGAGCCGCCGCCGGCGAAGGCGGAGCCCGCCAAGGCAAGUGCCAAGGUGACCACGCCGCCGCCCGAAGCAGCAGCUCCCGUGGCAGCAGCUCCUCCGACGACGGCGACAACAACGACGACGAUACCAACGCCACCGCCGGUGCAGCAGCAGGUGCCAGCUCCGCCGCCAGGCAUGCCACAGAUGCCACAUCCGCAUCCCGGCCAUCCGCCACCGGGCCACUCCCUCAUGCCGCCGCAUCUGGGGCCGCACCAGCCGCCGCCGGGAAUGCCGGGACUGCCGCCGCCGCCGCCACCGCACACGGGCUAUGCCAACUAUGGCGGACCACCGCCACCGCAUGGACCGCCGCCCGGUCCGCCCGGUGGACCCGCCCGGCCGCAGUACUACCAGCCGCAGUACGGAGGACAUCCCACGCCGCAGCCCUACUACGCGCCCUUCUCGCCGUACCAGCAGUCCUACGGGCCGCCGCCCGGCUCGCAUUACAUGUCGCCGCGUCCGCCGCCGCCGCAGCCGCAGCAGCAUAAUGGCAAUCCCUAUGCGCCCGAGCAUGGAGGCAAUCCGCCGGCACAGCAGCCACCACCGGGUCCGGGUCAGGGUCACCUGCACGAGCCGAAUGGAGGAGGAGCAGGAGCAGGAGCAGGAGGAGGAGGAGGAGCAGCUGCAGCAGCAGUAUAUCCCACGCCCGGUGCACCAGGACCAGGAGCACCACCACCACCACAGCCACCGUCGGCUGGAGAGGCAGCAGCAGCUGCAGCUGCUGGCGGAGGAGCUGCGGCCGCACCAACGGCGCCUGGCAAGCAUCCAGAGGCGGAGAAGCACGAGGCGGACUGAGAAUGCAGAAGAUCCUAGUUGUAGUCCCUAACUUAUACAUAUAUGCAUCGAUCCCUGUGUUGUAACAUAGCUCCACUCCAACCGCCGCCCCCUCUUGGAACUCCGCCCCCUUCAAUUUGAAUCCCCCUUUAGGCGCCCGCAUCUCCACAAAACCCAUUAUCAAUUAAGUUUAACACACCUUUUUUUUCGCAAUGCCUAAUUUUAAUAUUUUAACAAUUGAGUGUGCGUCGCAUUCUGGACUGUAUGCUAAAUAUACGAGUAAAAUAAAUGUACGUUUAUAUGUAAAUGAAGAGAA